GACUUAUAUUUUCCAUGUAUAUCCUAUUAAUGGAAGAAAGUAUUUGCCCAAUUCACUUCAAAUAGUUGAACUUUCCAGUUUGCGGUUAUGGCUCUUUUGCAGAAAGCGUCAACAGCAACUUCUCGUCCUGUUUUAAUCUCCUACAUAAGAUCAGCUAUUCACACCACCACGCCAUCUCACACGGCUUCAUCCUCAACGCCGCCGGCGGAAGUCGGGAGUUCACGGCCACCGGCGACAAAAACGUCGACGUCGCCGGCGCUACCUAAAGCUGUAGAAUAUGUGAUUUCUAAGGUAGAUGACUUGAUGAAUUGGGCCCGACGUGGCUCCAUAUGGCCCAUGACUUUCGGCCUGGCUUGUUGCGCUGUUGAGAUGAUGCAUACCGGUGCGUCCAGGUAUGAUUUGGAUCGGUUCGGUAUCAUAUUCCGACCCAGCCCGAGACAGUCCGAUUGCAUGAUUGUUGCUGGUACACUUACCAAUAAAAUGGCCCCUGCCCUGCGAAGGGUGUAUGAUCAGAUGCCAGAACCGAGGUGGGUAAUAUCGAUGGGGAGCUGUGCGAAUGGAGGUGGUUAUUACCAUUACUCUUACUCGGUAGUGAGGGGCUGCGAUAGGAUAGUUCCAGUUGAUAUUUACGUACCAGGUUGUCCUCCGACAGCAGAGGCAUUGCUCUAUGGUAUACUGCAGCUUCAGAAGAAAAUUAAUCGUAGAAAAGAUUUUCUUCAUUGGUGGACCAAGUGAGAUGAUCGAGCCCUCUUAAUUAUUGUACAGUGUAUAUAUACUGCAGAUAUCAGGGUGGUGUUUUGAUGUUUGUGCGUUGCGCGUGUUGUGUGUGUGUGUGAGUGAACUGUACGCCAUUCUACACAAAACAGAAGCAGCAGGGAAGAUUUUGGUCAGUCUGUUCUAUUGUGUGUGUAAAUAUAGCAAAAUAGUAUAACUAGAAUGUGAUCAUCUAUGCAAUUUCUAAAAAAAAUGUUAGGACUGUAUUAUAUUUUGAUGAAUUGAUGUGUGUUUAAUUUCCA